AAUUUUACAUGGGCUACAAGCGCUGUGAGGCUUGCUGAGCAGCAGCAGCAGCAUGGUUUCAGACUUUUGUUAAAGAGGCCACGCCUCUGGUUUGCUGCAGCUCGGUGUGCAGUGUGACAGCGGCUUGCCUGAUUUUAUUUCAGUCGGGGAAGAGAGAGAAAUUAGGAGGAAGGAAUAAGGCGGAUAUCGGUGCCCUCUCGCUCCCUCUCUCUCAUGCAGUUUUGAAGAAGACGCCCCCUCCCUGCACCUGUUCUGCUUCGUCUUGUCGCCGUCUCGCCGGAGUUGAGCCUCUUGCGAGUGAGCGGACGUCGCCUCUCAUUGUUAGAUAGACGUUGUUUUGAGCAUGACUUCGACGUACAACCUGGAUUUCCACCCUCUGGCCGAAAGUCGGUUAAUGACUUCGAGCGACACAAUAUACAGUGGCUGUCCUGAGAUUUCUGGUGUCACUCCAAUACAAGACAGCAACGGCAGCAAGAUGAACGGGUCGCUGGAGCACUUGGACCAGCCAGACCCAGACUCAAUCAAGAUGUUUGUGGGACAGAUCCCACGCUCCUGGUCAGAAACAGAACUAAAAGAGCUUUUUGAGCCUUUCGGAGCUGUGCACCAGAUCAACAUCCUCCGUGAUCGCACCCAGAAUCCCCCUCAGAGCAAAGGAUGCUGUUUUGUAACUUUUUAUACAAGAAAAGCUGCACUGGAGGCCCAGAAUGCACUGCACAACAUAAAGACCUUAAGUGGGAUGCAUCAUCCUAUCCAGAUGAAACCCGCUGACAGUGAGAAAACAAGUGCGGUAGAAGACAGAAAGCUCUUCAUCGGAAUGGUUUCAAAGAAAUAUGGCGAGAACGAGAUCAGAAUGAUGUUCUCCUCUUUCGGACAGAUCGAAGAGUGCCGAAUUCUCCGGGGACCAGAUGGUCAGAGCAGAGGCUGUGCGUUUGUCACAUUUGCUACCAGGGCAAUGGCACAGAAUGCAAUCAAAACCAUGCAUCACUCUCAGACUAUGGAGGGCUGUUCCUCACCUUUGGUGGUGAAGUUUGCCGACACGCAGAGAGAUAAGGAGCAGCGGCGCCUGCAGCAGCAGCUAGUACAGCAGAUUCAGCAGCUCAACAGCGCCUCCACCUGGGGAAACCUUGCCGGCUUGGGGACCCUCACACCGCAGUACCUGGCUUUGCUCCAGCAGGCCACAUCUACCAGUAACCAAGGCAGUUUCAAUAGUAUUCAGAGGCUAGGAGGUGUGAAUCCCAUUCAGCUGCAGAACUUGGCCACAUUAGCUGCUGCUGCGGCUGCAGCCCAGAGUUCUGGCAGCCCAACCUCCACCAGCGCCCUGUCUGCAAACAGUGGAGCCCUUGGAGCCCUGGCCAGUCCAGCCGGUUCAACAGCAGGGUCCAGUGCCGGUGCUGCCAUGAGCACCUUGGCAUCUCUGGGAACCCUGCAGGGUCUCACAGGGACCUCUAUGGGCCUCAACCUCAACGCUCUCACCAGCAGUGUCAGUGGUAUGGGGGCCAUGAAUGGAGGCCUGGCAGCCUCCAUGGCCAACGGGUCAGCAGCCAGCUCCAUGGACGCUCUGACCCAGGCCUACUCAGGGAUGCAGCAGUACACAGCCUCCGCCCUGCCCUCCCUCUACGGCCAGUCUCUCCUGCAGCAGAGCAUUGCUGGCAGCCAGAAGGAAGUAGGGCCAGAGGGCGCCAACCUGUUCAUCUACCACCUGCCCCAGGAGUUUGGGGACCAGGAUCUUCUCCAGAUGUUUAUGCCUUUUGGAAAUGUGGUCUCUGCCAAAGUCUUCAUUGACAAACAGACCAAUCUGAGCAAGUGCUUUGGGUUCGUCAGCUAUGACAAUCCUGUGUCUGCGCAAGCCGCCAUCCAGGCCAUGAAUGGUUUCCAGAUUGGAAUGAAGAGGCUGAAGGUUCAGCUGAAGCGCUCCAAGAACGACAGCAAACCCUACUGAUCCUCGCCCCGGGCCCCCCCAGCUCUAAUGCUAGCACUGCUAGGAACAAAUCUCCAUGCCUGUUUGCUCAUCAUUAGCCUAGCAUGUCUUCAUGAUGUUGAAAGCCAAGCCAAACUCCUGGCCUCAUCAUCCCACCAUUGUCUGUGAUGUCUCUCUAAGCUCGCCUGACCAAUACCUGGCCACCCACUGACCCUUGACCUUAGCUCAACCUGAUUUUUCUGCAUGUAUAUUCUUUUUUUUGUUUGUUUUUUCUGUAUAGAAAUGUGACAGGUGGGAGAGAGGUCAAGCAAAUCAAUGUGAAAACUUACCUGCGUUGAAUUCAUUUAAGAGACCUUCUUUUGUUUUUGCGAAAUUUGUUUUUUUCCUUUGUGUUUUUUUUUUUUUUUGCGAAUGUUUUAAAAACCUGUGGGAUUUCUUAUUUUUAAUUUAGAAAUGUUUUUUUUUUAUGUUGCUUUCUUUUUACCUCUCUCAGUAAAGUUCACUUGAAAGUUGAAUACAGGGAUUGGCACAAAGCUGUGCUAUUUGGUGCCAUUAGCAAUAUGUUGGCUUCUUUAAAAAAAAAAAAAAACAUGCUACAGACCACUUUGCAACACCUUUUGAAAGUCUGACGAGUAAAACCCCUCUCAGUGCUCUGUAAUGAUCUCUACAUUUUGCUGGCAGUGUGAAGAUUUACACCAAGGCUAUUUAAAAAUAUAUUUCCUUUUCAUUUACAAAAAUAUCAGUGUAUUUACCUUCUUUUUUUUUUUUUUUGAACUAUUGAUGGCACAAUAAAAGGUACAUUUGCUCUGUUUAGAGAAAUGACUACCUACAUGAGUCAACUUUUUUAGAACUGAUUCACAAAUAGACAAUCUGUGGUUUAAAUGCACACUUAGAUUACCUAUAUUUUAUACCAUUGAAUCUAUAGAAGUUUAACUAACAGAACCCAGGCAAAACUUUGGGUUUUUUGUAGAUUAUGUUGUAAUGUCAUCUGUGUCGGGGGGAUCUUCAGUGUACUACAUUUUUAAAGAGGACUAAAAAUCAGUUAGAUCAGCAUGACCAUUUAAGGGUCAUUUCUAGUAAAUUAAAAAUACUUUAAGUAAAAAAAAAAAAAAAAUCCUCUACAUUAAUUGUAAUUUCAACUUCUGGGGGGAAAAGUACUUUUUUUUUUUUUUUUUUUUUUUUUUUAAAGGGUCACAGUAUGUAGACUUAAUUUUCUUUCCUGCGUUAUAGAAAAAUUGAGUGUUCAACUUCCACGGUACGUCUUGUUGACUUUCUGUGAAUUUCUCAUUAAUAAUUUAAUUAAUGGAUGUUUCACUUUGGUUUAGUUUGGAUGCCUCAUGUUGAAAGAUGGAUUUACUAGGUCUGUUAAUCUUACAGAUGCCAGACAAUGUCUUUUUGUUUUAUUUUGUUGAAGUGCCCAUGUGUCAAACUCAGUGUUUUUGAAUUCACACAUUUUUUCCUGUAAUAUUACGUAGUUUUCUUUAUACACACACACACGUACACACCACACACACAAAACACUUUCUGUGAUUGCAAAUGUGGGAGCCCCUGAAGAAGAGAUCACUUGGACACAACACACGGCCUGUGGGUCUCUGCACAAUUUAUAGACACACACACACUUGAUUUUUUUUUUAAUUAGUUAUUUUGCUGAUUGUUCUUUUAAGUGACUCAGUUGUACACGAUGCACAGCAUAUUAAUACUACUAAAUCCACCACAAUAGUGUUGGUUUACAAAUACAUUCCAUUUUUUUUCAGCACAAAGUUUACACUUUUUUUUUUUCUUUUCUUUUUUUUUUUUUUACUGGGGUGGUAUUUUGUCUGUUGUACUACACGUUUAGACAACCCUGGUAAAAUAACUACUUCACCCCCAAAGAAGGGUUCCCUAAAACUGCGUACCUGAUGGCGCUAAAGAGUUGUCAACUCAGGGGCUUUUUUUGUGUGUGAAACUAGACGCUCACACAGGAUUACGACACAAAAUGCACAAUUGUCACCAUUUGACCUUUUUUCGGUUUGGAUUUUUUUCUUUCCUCACAAUGCAUAAAUAUUCCAAAAAAAAAAAAAAGGUACCAAAUUUGAAACAGUGCUUGAGGUAAAGUGUUGUAGUUUUGUUAGGAAACGUUAAGCACAAUUGUGGGAGCUAAUCAUUUUUGCAGAAUGUUGUGUGUGAUUAUAAUCCCCAAAUUUUCAAGGUACCACUGAUUUCACUUUUUAAUAUGGGCAUGUGCUUUUUACAGUGUGUUUUUUCUAUCCAAAUGCAAUACAAUAUUCAAAGUGCCAUAUAUACGUCUAGAAACUGCCUACACAUCCUUAUUAGGCCUUGGUUUAAAGAUUGCUGCAGUUCGCCUUUUUCGUCCAUUUAUGCGAGUGUCAUGAAAGCUCUUGUCACCUGCUCUUGUGCCCCCCACCCCUCUGUGUGUUGAGUUAUUGGUAAAUGUGUAUUGUGAUGUACUCAAUUUGAACAGUUGGUUAAAAAAAUUGUAGAUAAACAAUAAAAUUCCCUAUUCAUUUAAAGGUUAACCCUCUUUCUUAGUGAGUGUGAACACGUGUACUGUAACACUUUCAAUACAAACGAUUGGUGAUCAGAUGUGUUAGGGAAUUUGUUUUGAAUUCAAUAAAGUCAUAAAACAAGCUAAAACUCGAGUAAAAAACAAACUAACUUGGGUGCCAUGUUGAUAAGAUCUUAAAAUGAUAGUGUGUGUCAAACACUGAAAUGAUUGCAGAUCUGUGGCGAUAUACAGUGUAUGGUGAAGUGUUACUGUGAAUGAAUAAAAAAGCACAAUGUACAGUCCACAGCAGUCCCAACAGGAACUUGACUCACUUCAGGGGCUUCCAUCACAAAUCCCAUUCAAGCUCUUAACAAUCACUUUCUUUAUUCUGUAUUCAUAUUCUGAAGUGCUAUUUUUUGACAGUGUGGUAGCUUUGCAUCUCUAUAGAUAUUGUCUUGAUCCAAAAGAAAAGAGAGGAGGAAAAAAAAAAUCUUAUUUUCUUGUCUGAUAAUCGGUAGGACUUUGUUCAUGUUCCACCAAUAAUUUAAUAGAUGUUUUAUCUUGUCUUGAUGAAAGCCAAAGUGGGUGCAUCUUGAUGUGAUCUGUAUUAUACAUUCAGUAGUUUUUCUGUUCAGUCAAUAUCAAUUUUUUGAAACUGGGUGGGAUUUGAAAAAAGGAAAAAAAAGACAUACGCAGGCUUUCCAAUUUCUACAACUGGUUGUUCAUAUGUAUUUUGUACCAGUGAAGCUUUUUAUAUUGGAAAUUAAAGGAAAAAAAUCUAUAUUGAAAAAAAAUUGUCUGGCCUCUCAAUGUGGCCUCGCCUUGACCAGGUCUGGAGUUUGGCCUCUUGGUGGUGUCAAGCAAUUUUUUUUUUUUUUUUUUUUUUUUUUUUAUGUCUCUAAAAAGAUGCCUGAUUUUGAUUUUACUUCAAUCUCUACAAGUUUCCUCACUUCGUUUAAUCAGUUUCGGGGGGGUGGGGUGGAUCCUCUAAAUCGUGGUAAGUUUCAUGUUAGUAUUUGUGCUGUCCACAUAGUUUAAUGGUCAUCAGGAUUUCAACAACUUGUGUGGAUAAUUGUCUUAGUUGAAGAUUUAACUGUUUAGUUUGAGCCUUGCUUUUUACCUGUGUAGAGUUUUCUGUUUUUUCCCAUAGCGGAGUGUGUAGCCGAAAGACUCUGUGUUCUUUUUUGGUCAAUGUUUGUUCAUGUGUGGUGUGUUUCUUUGCCUCUGUCUCCAAAUUAAACCAUUUCCCCUAA